CGACAUCAAAUCUCGCACAUUGUGAACGGAGUUUGGCAGGACGCAGAGGACAGAGCGGGGCAGGGGUUGGUUUGAAGCCGGAGGCGGAGUUUUUCUGGAGUUGGAGUAAACCCAGAGUUUUAUGUGUGAAAAGCAUUCAACAGUUUAAACGGUAAAGCAGAGAAAAAGGUGAGCUGAGGUGGGACGUGCCCCUCUCCUUUCGCAGAGCCUGCUGUUAUGGCUCGGUACCUGAGGUAUUUCACCACUGUGGGUGACCAGCAGCCGGGUCAGUGGGAGGAUGAGGAGCUGCACGUGGCCAGCGAAGACCUGAGUCCGGCCACGGGACAGUUUCCAACAACACUGACCUUCAGGGAUUCACUGAGGAGACUCUACAGCUCUGACCGGUUCCAGGUGUUGGUGGUGUGUUUGGUAAUCCUCGAUGCCUUCUUUGUUCUGGCCGAGCUGCUUAUAGAUCUGUCGGUUAUCAAGUUGGAACAUGGCCACAUUGCUCCUGAGGUGUUUCAUUACCUGAGCCUGGCUCUUCUCACAUUCUUCAUGGUGGAGCUGGCUGGGAAGCUCUUUGCUUACCGCCUGGAGUUUUUCCACCACAAGUUUGAGGUAUUUGAUGGUUUGGUGGUGGUGGUGUCCUUCAUCCUGGACAUUGUCUUCAUCUUCCAUGAGGAUGCCUUUGAUGGGAUGGGUCUCCUAAUCCUGCUGCGACUCUGGAGGGUGGCCAGAAUUAUCAAUGGUAUCAUGGUGUCAGUGAAAACCCGUGCAGACCAGAAGAUCCACAAGCUGAAGGAGAGCUACGACCACCUGGUUCAAAGAGUCACAGAGCUACAGGAGCGCAAUGACAAACUGGAACAAGAGAAACAGAAACUUCAAGCCCUCCUGAAGAAGCACGGCAUCGACUUCUAACUCAUCAAACUAACUGUUGUGAAGCUACUGUUCAAUGUCAGUUAUAUCAUGUAUCUUUCUGCAUUUUAAUUUUCAAAUUACACAUGCCAUGAUAAACAUUUAUUAUUAUUGAUUAUUGAUUUCAGUAUUCCUACUACCUGUUCACAGAAACUUACAUUAACUGUUAAAGUGGAUCCACACACAGAUUUCCUGUCACUAUGGAAACCAAAGACGGCAUUCAUAUCUAACGAAUGUCAAAUAUUCACAUGCUACUGGAUAUCACUCUAUAAAGCUACAAGGCCAUAGCCUUAACUUGCUUGUAUAUAAUUGAAGCUUUCUUCAUGCUGAUAACUUGUACAUAAAACUAAAUUAACCUCUGCUGAGUGACAUUUAUAAGUACUGUAUGUUGUGUAAAAAUAAAUCAGAUUUAAAUAAA